AUGGGCGUUUGCGCCGCUGUGUCCUUCCCCCAGAGUUCCGUUCGCCUACAGGCUUUCUCUUUGCUGCGUACGUCGCUUCCCUGUGCGCUGGGCGCGUUGACGGCCUCGCGCGUAGCCGUACGCCUCCCACUGGCGCUCACUGCUUCUCUGCUUCCUGGGCACCGCGUCUUUUCCCCCACUCUCUUCCGAAGCAAGCUACAGGCUACACAACAAGACCCUCCCAAGGCGGCGAGCAUGGCGGUGUGGCGGGUAACGACGUGGCUGAAUGGACGGCGUGCUCGCGUGGCAGCGGCGUGUUGGGGGCGGCGGAGCUGCAGCGCGCGUUUGGGCUCGCGGUUCUGCGCGGCGGCGCCACACUUCGUUGUUGUUCUGUUGCUCCUGCUCCUGCUCACCCCGCACAGCGCAGCCAGCCAAGCAGCACCGCGGCAGGUCAGCGCGAAGGUGUUGAUGUUGAAACUAACUAACCUCCCAAUGCCUCAGAAGUUUCUGGAUGCAGUUGAACUUGGGCUGAUGGGGGCGCUCUGGUCGCGCAACUUCACUGCUGCAGAUGGCGUUAAUAUAGAGGUCAUCAGUAAAGCCACCACAACGCAGGGGAGUGGGGCAGCCGUCGAAGAAGCGGUGAAAACAGCCAAAGACCUCCUUCUUCUUGCCGGUGUCAUCGGCGAUACAACCUUCCUGCAUACGCUGCCUGCAGUUAUGCGCAACAGCCUCGUCUCUUUUGCCCCGUUUACUGGGUCGAGUGUGGUGCGUGAGUGGAACCCCAACGUGUACUUUGUGCGCGCUGACCCUGCGGCCGAGCUGCUGGCACUUCUCCGCUACGCCGUGGCUGAGCUGCGGGUGCUUCGGCUGGGCUUCAUGUACCUGCAGGGUGUCUCCUUUGGCGAUCGCGAGUAUGAGCAGGCACAACAUGUGAUGUCGCGGAUGGGCUACGCGCUGAGCGGCGUCUUCACCGUGAAGAGCUCUGUGCUAGGUGGCGCCGACGACAAGGAGUUCGACGAUGCGUGGGAGCGGUUUGUCGCCACUCGGCCACAGGCGGUGAUUGUGUUCGGCUCGCCUUAUCAGGACACCAAGAAAUUCAUGAAGAGGAUGCUGAAGGACGAGCGCACCGCCGGCGCGUACUUGCUUGCUCCUUCUGCGGUGCAGGACGCCGUUUUGGGAGCUUGGCGUGCUGCCGUGGAUAAUGGUGGUCUCAAGUUUGUGCCCGGGCAGGUGAUCGCGACAGCGACGAACCCGCUGGCGAAGGACACAAGGUACAACGCGAUCCGGCGCUUCCAGGAGGUGAUGAAGAAAUACCUGGCGAACAGGACGGACAUAAAGUCUGGUGCAGGCCAGGGAUUUCCCGACGAGAACAAUGCAGGGGAAUUGAUGGUUGCUGCGUGGAUUGCCGGCGAGGUGCUCGCACAGGCGCUGGGUAAUCGCGAAUGGGUGAAGGACCGUAACUCGUUCAAGGCGUCCCUCUUCAAGCAACGCCGGUAUUUAAUCGACGACCUUGUGAUUGGCGACUACGGUGGGGAUUGCAGUGCAGUUGCGGUUUCACAGGGCGCCACCUGCCGCUGCAACCAGGGCGGCCACACCGUGUACAUAAAGCGGUUCGUGGAGGGCUACCGUGCAGAGCUUCGGGCUGAUGACACGUUCACAGCUGGGCAGCGCCGCUGCGGUGCCGCCGGUACACUGUUGUAUGCACCCUUGGAUGGAGUGCUUGCCGUCAUGCAGGAUAAUGAAUAUGCUCAAUUGGCUGUUAGCAGUGUGUUGGGUGGUGCAAAAGCCGCCAUUGCUUCGCAGGGGCAUGAUGCGCCGGGUAUGGUGACGUUACAUGUGCUAAAUACAUCCAUAGCUGGGGCACGUAAUGCUCUAGAGGAAGAGCACAAUGAGCGUCUGGUCCAUUUUGUGGGUGGGGUUGUGACGGAGGCGAUGCUGGACGUGGAGAGUGUGGCCUUCCUCGACCCGCUGCAGCUCGAGCCGCGGCUGAACAGGUUCCGCCGGCACGUGAUCCACCUGUCGCCGACGCUGGAGCAGCAGUUCUUCGUGCUUGCGAAGUACCUCCGGGACGCGGGUAUCCGCGCGGCGCACGCGGUGAUCCGCGGCGAGGAGGCGGCGGCGGUGGCGGAGGUGCUGCGGCGGUCGCUGGUGACGUUUGGCGGGUCGCUGCGGUCCGCGACGUUGCUGGCCGGCAGCGACGUGCUGGCGGGGCACCUGCCGAAGGCGGGCGACGUGUUCGUGGCGGGCCUUGCGGCCGGCGACGUCGCUGCGGUGGCGCGGCACAUGGCGUUGCACGACGGCGUGCGCGUGUUCGUCGCGUUCUCCGAGUUUGCGCUGCUGCACGCCGACUUCGUUGCCGCGUUCGGUGGCGGUGCGGGCGCUGACCGCGUUGUGUUUGCGACGAGCCUGCCGCACUGGGGCGACGCGAACCCGACGUCGGAGACCGCCCGGGAGUUCCUCGCCGCCGUGCCCAACCCCACGCAACGGACGCCGCUGGCGCUGAUGGGCUUCGCCGCCACGCGGCUGUUGGGGGCUGUUCUCUCCCGCAUGGGCAAGGUGGGCGCUAAGCAGCUGACUGACUUCUUCUACACGAACGUCGCCGUCACCGCGAAUGACAUGCAAUACGGCCCCUUCGUUAACGGCACGGCGUGCACUGCGGCUGCGGCCGGCGGUGCUGGGUGCGGCAAGAACUACGGGGCGACGCGCAUUUCUGUGUGGUCGCUUGCCCAUGCGCUGGAUCCAGCCGUGCCCGUGCUGCACCCCGCCGUGACCUCGACG